AUGGCAAACAUUCUUUUUGAUGACCUUACCAAGAUACUAUGCGACCGUGAUAUCCCCUUUGAUCGCGAUGCCAUCAGAUCUGCGUUAAACGAUCCGGAAAGCCAGACCGCUAUUCGAGAAUGGAUGGAGGAAUAUCUGGCGCCGGAAACUCUACUGACGAAAGAUGAAGCUGCUUUAUAUGCCACCCUCUCGAAAUCAGGAGAAGCGGAGAGACUUGCGGCACAAGAUCUCUCCUCAAUCCAAGGCCUCAACGAUACAGAAAUCCAGGAUGCUAUUGAAGAGCUGAAACGAUCAACCGCAGCUAUCGAGAAGCAAAGCGAGGCUUUGAAGUCCCAGCAGAAUGCUAUGAGUGCUCUGGUUAAGAAUGAAAAGCGUACAAGACAGUCCCGGACUCAGACAAGCAAUUCACAGUUGAAAAAAUGGAAUGCGCAGAAGGGACAUGUCAGCAAGGCAAUCGAAGAAUUAUCUCAAAGUCUGGCAUAUCAAUCUGCCGACCUUGAACAACAACGUAAGGCUUCGGAGGCAAGUGUCAAACAGACUGUGGAUGACAUUCUACGAUCCGAUGACAAACUUCUUGCCAGUUUACAAAAGCUGGCUAGCGAUCUUGAUCCUAUCCAAUCUGACAAUGAUAUGGCGAUAUCACGGAUCAAGGAUCUCUGUGCCAGACUCAUCAAACACACCGUUGAAGGCAUAAGAACCAAACUGGACCGAAUCUACCUACAUGCUUUACAAAACUCUGCAACGAGCCAAGAGCCAGACAGUCAAGAGACAACUGACCUACAGGAAGAAUUGGAAUCCCUUUACUCGGAAAUUCUUCCAGUUGCCCAAAUGUCCGCCGAGCAACAGUUUCUGCAGCCGGCACUCAAGGCCAUUGCAGCGACUGAUGGUCAAGGGCAGGAACGAGCAGCCAUAGCCGUUAAAUAUAUACACGAUUGCGUACUAUUUCUUGUAAACCGCAUAGAAACCUUCCUAGAACGAGCUGAAGAAAGCCAAUGUCACAAAAUGGCCAUACAAUGCGUCCUAGAUGCCGCCAAAAAAGAACUCUCCCGCGUCGAAGACAGCCCAGCGACCAGCAGUCCCAACACCCAGCGAAGACGAACUUCAUCUGCCGCUCGCUCACCAGUACGGACGCGGAACAAUACUCGGCGAAGGUCUUCCGUCCUCGAAAAUGACGAUGUAGAGCCUGAGCAACAAAUCGCCCGGAACCUUGGAAUCACGCUGCCGCCCGUAGGAGUAUCAGAGCAAGCUCGCGCCAACGCACUAGAGAAGAGCUUGUCUGAGCGUUUAACGAAGUUAGAGAUCCAUUCUACGAGUCUGCAAUCUACGACCGAAUCUUCUAUUUCUGCGCACUUCUUAGAUGCAAAUCUGACGUUGCAGCUGCUGCAGGAUUCUCUGUUGGCUGAGUCACUGUAUAGUAAAGUAAGAUUGCUGGAUCCGGAUAUUGAGGCUUCUGUUACUAUGUUUGAGCAGGAGAUUGAGAGUUUGCAGGGAGGUUUGGAGGGGAUUGAUCUGAGUGCUUUGCAGGAGAGGAAUGUGAAGAGGGAGCAACUUGUUGAGAGGUGGUCACGUUGA